CAUCCACCCCACCCCCAUAACAUCCUUCAUCCACCCCACUCCCACAGCAUUCUUCAUCCACCCCACUCCCACAACAUCCUUCAUCCACCCCACCCCCACAACAUCCUUCAUCCAUCCCACCCCCACAACCAUUCUUAUCCACCCCACCCCCACAACAUUCUUCAUCCACCCCACCCCCACAACAUCCUUCAUCCACCCCACCCCCAUAACAUCCUUCAUUCACCCCACUCCCACAGCAUUCUUCAUCUACCCCACCCCCAUAACAUCGUUCAUCCACCCCACCCCCACAACAUCCUUCAUCCACCCCACUUCCACAACAUCCUUCAUCCACCCCACCCCCACAGCAUUCUUCAUCCAUCCAACUUCCACAACAUCCUUCAUCCAGCCAACCCCCACAGCAUUCUUCAUCCACCCCACUUCCACAACAUCCUUCAUCCACCCCACCUCCACAGCAUUCUUCAUCCACCCCACCCCCCAUAA